AGCGCCGGCGGCAGCGCAGCCCCAGCCCUCUCCCCCCCGCCCUCCCCCCUCACGCAGCCGGCACAGGCACAGCCCCAGCGCCGCGCACUCAUUGUUCCCACUGCUCCAGGCACCAUGGACGAGCUAGACCAGUUGCUCCUGGUCUCCUCCUCCUCCUCCUCAACCGCCUCCUCCGUGCCGGCGCGCCCGCAGCAGCCUCAGUUCAACUACCAGUUCGCGCUUGACGACGAGAAGGAGGAGGAAGAAGAGGACGAGGAAGAGGAGGACGAGGACUUCGACGAGCAGCUGGAGGUGAUGGAGAGGAAGCCCGCCCCAGCUCCCGCCGCAGCCCCGCAGGAGCGGCCGCCGCAGCUGCUGGAUCUCGGCGGCCCUGCCGAGCCGCCCCGCCCCAGCGCUCCGGAGCCACCGCAGCCCGGCUGGAGCCCCCCGGGAGCCGUCUCCUCUUCCUCCUCUUCCGCCACCACCCCGUCCCCCGCUCAGGAGCAGCCCCCGGCCCCCGCCCGGCCCACUCAGCCCCAGCCGGACAAGCCCCAGCCCGCCGCUCCCCGGAGAAGAGGGUCGUCCUCCGGCUCGGCUGAUGAGACCCUUUUUGCUCUUCCUGCUACAUCUGCGCCUCUGAUGCACUCCUCUGCAGAAGAAGUUCUGGACUUGCAGAAGCAGCCAGGUAACACUAAAUGGCUGGGCCAAGAGGAUUUUACCGCAGUCCCGCUUGAUACUGCUCCUUCUCUUCCCUCCUUCUCUCCUAUCUCAGCUGAUCCCUUUAAAGAGCACGCAGCCUUUGACACGCUCUCACAUGGAUUACCUGCAAAAGGCAUUUACCAAGAAAAUGCGAGUGAGGCUUAUAAAGAAACUGUGGGAAGUGCCAAAAACCCUUUUCUUGCGGAAGGAAACGAAAAAGACGUUUCACAAACGAAAUACUCGGAACCCCCGUUUGCUAAAGCAGAAGCAGCCAUUUUAUCUCAAGCUAAAGAAGAAACACAGCUAGAGGGCCCUAAAGAAUUACCUAAUCUAGAGAAAAUGCCUGCAGAGCAGCUGAAAAUCUCUCCAGAAAGUCCUCAGGAUUCCUUUGAGAAAAGCGAGGACGAUCUCUUCUAUAACCAAGACAAACCCGAAGGUGGUGAUGACGGGGAAAAGGGGGCACUGAAGGAAGAGCCUCUCAGGAGGGAGGAAUACGCAGACUUCAAACCAUUCGAGCCAAUAUGGGAAGUAAAAGGUGCUGGUCAUGGGCUGAGCGGCCCGAGAGAGGAUGUUGGAAGUAAGACAGAUGGCAAGCUAGAGAGCGGUUUAGAGGAGAAGUACGGUGUAGAGGAGCUCAGCGUGCAGAAGGAUUACGAAAGAGAGAGCGAAGGCAGCGCUGAAGAUCGCUCCUUCCCCAGUACCCCAGAAGCUGCAAAAGAACCUGCGCAGGCUUACAUCACCUGUGCUGAAUUGGAGUCCUCUCCAAGCCCCGACGGUACCAAAGCCAAAGGCCUUUCUGCGCUGGAGGAAGGAGCUUCAGAAAACAGAACCGACGACGAGAAAAAAAUAGCAGGAAUGAAAGCUCAGAUGGGCACAGAGCAAGGUGAUUUCAGCCCCCGAGCAGCUGGCAAGCAGGAAGGCCAGGGAGCUGACUCUGCUAAAACAGAGGGUGUAUCAACAGUGCCGUCUGACUCUGCAGCAAAUAUGCCUGAGGGUCUCACUCCUGAUCUAGUGCAAGAAGCGUAUGAAAGUGAAAUGCACGAUGCAGCAUGUACGAAACUGGCUUAUGAAACAAAGAUUGAUUUAGUUCAGACUUCAGAGUCGGUUCAAGAGACCCUGAAACCCGGGGCACAGCUCUGCCCCUCGUUCGAAGGGUCGGAAGCUGCUCCAUCACCCAUACUGCCAGAUAUUGUUAUGGAAGCCCCGCUGAGCGCUGGGGCUGCUGGAGCAGAAGCAUCUGCUGUGCAGCUUGAAGCUUCCCCAUUAGAAACAUUUAUCCCUACUGCUAAUUAUGAGAAUGUAAAAGAAGAGACCGAAAAACCUGCCUUAGAGCAGGAGGCGGUGAGUGUGCCACCAGCACAGGCCCAAGAAGCAAAAGAGGCCUCAGCAUUCAAACAACCUGAUUACGAGAGUAGCUCCAGUCCUGAAGAUACAGAGACUCCAUAUAUAUCUAUUGCGUGUGAUUUAAUUAAGGAAACAAAGGCCUCUGGUGAAUCUGCUGCUCCACCCUUUACAGAUGAUUCCAAGACACCCAUCACAGAAUGCAUUUCUCAGGAUGUGCCUGAGCACAAGGAACUCGUUGAGAAACUGUCUCCACAGUUUGGAAAACCCGAGCUGUUCGAUGGCCAGGUGACACCUGACUUCACUGAGAAGGCGAAUGAAGAUCCAGCUCUCCUCUUAAAAAGUAAAUCGACUGAGAGUAUUGAAACUGACGAUGAACUUGAGGAAGGGCUGGUGGAUUCAGUAGCUGCCCCGGGCAAGCCUUACCUGGAGUCUUUCCAGCCUGAGCUGGACUCUUCCAAAGUGGUUGCUGCUCUGCCAUCUGAGCCAACACCUACAAAAAUAGCCAAGGCAGAGAAGAUUCCUCUUCAAAUGGAAGAGCUGAAGGCUAUGUCUUAUUCAGCUGACGUAUCUGUUGCUACAGAACCAAAACCAGGAGACAACAAAGGUCUCUCACCCAUGGAGUCUUCCCCGGUCCUGGUGGAAGACGACUUUGUGAUGUUAGCUCAUCCUAAAACUGUUCCUGAAUUUGUGGCAGAAGCGACCGACAGAGAAGUAAUAGAGAAAGAUGAAAGGGAAGAGAUGAGUAAGGCCAUCCGAGGUGAGAAGAGGCAGUUGCCUUGCCCAGAGCUACCCUGCGAUCUGUCUAUAAAGAAUGUAGAAGUAAAAGCUGAGGAAGAUACUAAUGCCUUGAAGAAGUCCUUGGAGGCUGUGGACAGAGAAGUGCCUGAAGUAUCCACCAUGUCCUUACCGGCCACAGAUACCUCACCUUUACCUGCUGAAAAAGAGAUAGUCAGUGUAGUAAAACCAGAAGCUUUUGGGAAGGAAGCUGAGCGAGAAGCUGCUUCUGUUAAAGAAAAGGAAAAGCCUACUGCUGUAUUUUCAGCAAAGCUGAGUAAAUCUUCAGUUGUGGACCUCCUGUACUGGCGAGACAUUAAGAAGACCGGAGUGGUGUUCGGUGCCAGCCUGUUCCUGCUGCUCUCAUUAACAGUGUUCAGCAUCGUGAGCGUGACAGCUUACAUUGCCCUGGCCCUGCUCUCUGUCACCAUCAGCUUUAGGAUAUACAAGGGAGUCAUCCAGGCAAUCCAGAAGUCCGACGAAGGCCACCCGUUCAGGGCUUACUUGGAGUCUGAUGUAGCCGUGUCCGAAGAGCUCAUUCAGAAGUACAGUAACGUUGUGCUCGGUCACGUUAAUGGCACGGUCAAGGAGCUGAGACGUCUCUUCCUAGUCGAUGACUUAGUUGAUUCUCUGAAGUUUGCAGUGUUGAUGUGGGUCUUCACUUAUGUUGGUGCCUUGUUUAAUGGUCUGACAUUACUGAUUCUGGCUUUGAUUUCGCUGUUCAGCGUUCCUGUUAUUUAUGAGAGACAUCAGGCCCAGAUUGACCACUACUUGGGGCUGGUGAACAAGAACAUCAAGGAUGCCAUGGCCAAGAUCCAGGCCAAGAUCCCCGGGCUGAAGCGCAAGGCGGAGUAGCGCGGCUGCGGCGUGCGGCCGCGGGGCCUCGGCGCGGAGGGGGAACGAAUACUCACUGGGAUUUCCACGGGGAGGGUCAGGGAAUAGCAAAGCCCUUCACCUUGCAGUGCAAUUUCACACAUCUGUAUUUUGUAGCGACGCAGUGCUUGAGGAAAGAAAACCCACCCAAGUACCUGUUUUUGACUGCCAUGUGCUUUAUCAUCUUCAGUAUCGUAAGCUGCUACGUCUGGAGCUCCAACUAAUCAUCUCCCUUUCUCCUGUGUGCAGCGCUGGCUGAGACAGCACAUGUGAGACAGCUGUACAUUUGGCUUCAGCAGAGGUAGGCCCUGCUGCGUCCCAGGGGUGCAGCUGGAGCAGAGGCUCGCUCCUCCCCCUUUGUGCACUGUCUAUGGUCUGUGUAGGGUGAUGCCCCUUUUCUAAAAUGACAUGUUUUAGCAGAAUAUACCAUUUUAGCAAGUUUGGGAAGUCCUUGCCUUUUUGGUAUGAGUGUAGCUGUAUUGUGAUUUGAUUGUUUUCUCAAUUGCCUAUAUAUCUAUAUCUGUGUUUCACCAAGCUUCAGUCCUUCAGCUGCUCCACAGUGCUUUGUCCUUCAGAGAACUGACUGAUCCCUGGACUAGCUCCAUAGCACACAAGCUUGAACAACUGAAAUGUCUCUGUAAACACUAGCAUCUGUGUAAAAAAAAUAGAGAGAUGAACAAAGGAACCUCCACCUCUAUUGCAAGAAAACUACAGCAUACACCUGGUUGCACAAAUGUACAGUAGUUCCUUUUGGGCAAAUCAUUCUUCAGUCUCUCCAACUCUGAUGAUCUGGGCACUGAGUAAUGCUGCAAAUGCUGUUUGGAAACAUAAACCUUGUUAUUCAAGACGUAAGUCAAAAUGGAUACACUUGCAGUUGAAGCUGUAUUGAAACCUAAGUCUGUGGAAUGCAUUGUGAGAUGUAAAACAAACCAACCAAACCCAACAGAAACAGCAACAACCCCGAGAACCCCAAGUAUCAAUAAAGCUUAUAGACAUUAAA